CACGUGUUCGGCGCUGUCUUCGGCGUGGCGGCUCGAGUGGCGCUCACUUUCCGGGGUCCCUCCCCCUCUGCCCACCCCCCUUCCUCCAAAGGCAACCAGGUCAUGGCAGUCAUAGGCACGAUGCUCCUGGUGGCGUACCUCCCCACGGUCGGGUCCUGGACCGUCCGCGGCGACGACCUCCACCGCUGGAUCGUCAACACCGCCCUCGUGACCUGUGCUUCGGCGGUGACCUCUUUCCCCGCCUCGUCCGUGGCUCAUCCGAGGAGGAAGUUCAUGUUGAGUGACAUCCAGUGUGGCCUCGUGGGCGGCGUCGUGAGUGUGGUGGGCGUGGCCGACUUAAUGCUCGAACCCUGGGGCGCCCUGCUUCUCGGCGCCUCCGUCAGCAGCAUGUGUGUGCUGGGCCGCCAUUACCUUCGGCCGUGCGCGAGCCGACGUGUGGGCGCCCAUGACACAGCGAGUGUGGGCGUGACGCAUGGGCUGGCAGGGGUAAUGGGCGGCUUGACAGGUGCCUUGCUGGCCGCCCUUGCCUCUGACACGGGUCAAUAUGGGUAUAGCCUGUACGAAAUCUUCCCCGCCAUGUCCCCUCAGGAAGGCAGUCCAGCUCUUCACGAAAUCAUCCAGUAUUUGGUGGUCGAGGCCGGGGAAGGACGCACGCCUCUGGUCCAAGCGUUUUACCAGUUGCUUGCCGUUGUCACCACGCUUGUGGUCUCUGCCGUGGGGGGCCUUUUAACAGGAGGCCUCAUGCGCAUUCCUCUGUGGGAGAACCUGGCCAAGGACGACCUCCUCAACGACACCAAGUUCUGGCAGCUUCCCGUGGCUCCUCCUCCGCCCGCUGCUCACACUCAGGCCCAGCAACACCACACACAUCACCACCACCACCACCGGGGUCACCAUCAUCACCAUCAUCCUGGUCACCAUCAUGUUUAUCACCACCACGCUCACUCCCCCGGAAAGACGGGCAGGGACGCUGAGACACGCUCGCUGGUGCACAGGGAAAAUGUCAGCGCAUGAUUGCUUUUCUUUUCUCUCUCUCUUUUUCUU